CCUGUUUACUACUCACACCAAACUAUCCCUGAUGUGUUUCUCAACUCUUUGUUGUAGUGUCUUGUCUUGUGCAAGUGUUUUACUGACAUUAAGGAUGAUUUCGAGAUGAGGAACUUUCAGAAUGUCUGAUAGGAUAGAUCCUAAUAGGCUGUGUAACUAUCCAUCUAGCAAUCAACAGAUGUCAAUGACACCAACUGUCCAUCAGUCACCUACACUCGAAGGUCUUCCUAAGCAAUUUGUCGCAGCUUUGAGGACACUAUUUGAUAUCUUGGACGAAAAAGGAAUUGGUUUUGUCAAACUUACAGAUAUUGAGAAUAGAUGGCAGGAUGACGGAACCAAAGGACUCCCAAAAGGCGUUAUUGAGAGCUUAAGAAAAGUGACACCACCGAACGGUUUAUUGUCUUUCGAGAGAUUUUGUGCCGGAUUAAAAAUAUGUCUUUUGAGGAAUCAGAUGGAAAAGAAAAAGAGAAGCUGCAAUUCCGUCGAAGGUGGGGAACCUGGAGGAAGGCCACCUUCCGCCCCCCUGCUUGACGUUGACCCUCCGAAGCAGCCGUGGGCGAUGUGUCACGGCAGCAGUAUGCCGCAACAGAGGACUAUCAGCAUGCCGCAACUCCCCGCCGACCCUUCUCUUGGCAUUCCGAUCAAACCUCCUCUGUAUGGUCCGCCCAAACCACCCAGAGCUGCUGUCGGUCUUGAAAGGACUGUUGAUAAGUCUGAGAUCCGCUCAGCAUUACAGAGCUGGCAGCUGGGUGUCAUGAUGGACGAAGAGAAGAGAGCGGCCGGUGGGGCCUUCCUCGGAGGAAGAGUGGAACGACCGCGGAGUGUUGGCGAUGGCAAGCCCGCCCCUCCCAACGACCAGCAGCACAAGAAGUCGACUGUUCGGAGAAGGGAACCUAGGAGGCAUACCUUGCAGAACGGCAUAGAUUAUAACAUGCUGAAAAGGAUGAAGCAGAUAGAACUAGAGAAGGAUGUCCUCAUGCAAGGCCUUGAAGCUGUCGACAGAGCUAGAGAUUGGUACAUGAAGCAGAUAACUGCCGUACAAGAUAAGAUGAACAACUUAGGCAGGACCGGUCACUCGGACCAGUGGAGCGAGGCCCAAGAUGAAAGGGUCGAGUUACAGAGAGCGCGAGUCUUGGAAGUGAACCGCCAUCUCGCGACCCUUACGGACCCCGGUCUGCCGCUGCACAUGAACCUCGCUGUUAGCCCACAUUCUUCUAGUCUUAUCGCUAGGUUGCGGCAACAGAACCACCUGCUUACUCAGGAGGUGAAUAAGAAGAGUGAUCGCAUCACAGCUCUUGAACGUGAAAAAGCAUCUUUGAUCAGGGAACUGUUCCACAGUCGAGCCCAGACGACCAGACCACCUCGUGAGCAGCCGCAAGAAGCUGGCCCUUUCAUGUAGUAGUUUAAUUAUAUAAUUAGCAUUAUUAGCAUUAAUGAUAUAAUUAUAUCGAUGGCUAAAUAAGUAAUACUUUGUAUCUGCACCUAGAUUACUUACUUUGUAGUAGGGCCUAUUAACUUUUCUAUCUUUCUUUUCUGGUUACGCCCUAUCUUGCCAUUGUUAGCAUAUGGAUGGUGGGGUUAUUAUAGAUGUACAACGAAGCCUAUUCUAACUAGACUGUGAAGGUCGAGAUUCAUUUUUUGGGUCUGCAAUGAAAUAAAUUUUUCAGCCCACACUGGUGAAAUUAUAACCAGCAUUGCUAGAUAAUGUUAAAGUUUAGGCUUUAAUCUUUACAUGAGUUUUUUCCUAGGUCAGGAAGGAGGACAGGGGAUUAAUGCUUGAGUUAAAAGCUCCCAUAACUGGGACACGAAAUAGUUAUCUUCAGUUUAUCAGGUUGCUGGGCAACAUACUGCCCUCUAGGAAUUAUAAAUUGUGUUUUAAAAUGCAAUUCAAAAUUAUUCAAGUUCUUACUUAUUUUUCAUGUCUUUAAAGUCAUAUUUAACUUAAGCAUUUACCCUAAAUGAGAGAUGAGCCAUUGGUCUGAACUCUUAUGGACUGAACAGGGAACUCAGUCAGUGCUGUGUAGUAGUGCCGGUGUAUUGGUUUUUAGCUGGUUUUUGUAAGUUAUAUUUAUUGCACUUCUCAAAAAAGUAGAAAACAAUAGUGGUAAUGGAAAUUGUAUUAAGAGAGGUGCUAUGCUUUACUGUUAAAAAAAAUUGGACAUGAAACAGACAACUUCAAAGAUUUCAUAUUAAAGUCACCUGAGAACAUAGGCGCAGACUUUGGGUGGGGAAAAGGAAGUGUUCUCCCUCACUCAAUAAAAAUGUUGAGGGGGCGAGAGUAUCAUUUUGUCUCAUCCCCUCCUAUAAUUUGAGGUAAAAAAAAAAAUUAAAAUCAAUAAUAAAUAAGCUACAUGAAUGAAUAAAAGUGUUAAUUAAAGUCAAUUAAAAAAGGUCGAAUAGCUGGCUAGGCUAGUGCGGACCUAGUAGAAGGUAUA